UUCACCACCCGGCCCACGUUGGCCGCGCCCGCCUCGUAGAGGCUGUCCUGGCGGAUCUCGCCUUGGUGCAGGUGGAUGACCUGCCCGCCGCCCACGUAGACGGCCCAGUGCGGGGAGGGCGCGGGCGGCUCCCGCGCGGGCUGCAGCCACAGCAGCUCCAGCAGGUCGCCGGGCUCGCAGAGCGCGGGCAGCGCGGUGACCGCGUAGACGCUCAGGUCGGCGCCCUGAGGGCCGCCGCUCACUUUGGAAAAGAUGCAUUCCUGGCCCCGAAAGGCGGAGAACUGAGUUUCGUUGAGGACCAGCUGGUGCAGCAGGUGGUGGUGGUGGCGGCUGGGGCUCUCCGGGCAGGGAGCGCAGCCCGGGGGGGCCUUCACGCCAAACUUGUCGGGCUGGCCGCGUUCGUCCAGGUCCUCCUCCUCAUCCGAGAAGAAGUAGGCGACCCCGACCCGCAGCUCGUCCUUCUCGAUCCCCGACGGGUCCCCGGUGGGCAACUCGCUGUAGUUGAGGUGGGUGAUGCGGUCCAGUUGGUUGCCCAUCAAUGACGCGGCGAGGCGAGGGCCAGGAGCGGGGAUCCGUGAUUUCCCUGCUCCCGAAACCCCAAACUCCUUUAAAGUCUCCUGGUCCCCAUGCGUGCUGCGGAGGCGGCGGUGACGAGCGGGUCCGGGGCGGCGCGUGGGGCUGCGGCUCCGCUCUGCCCCGCGCGGAUCGGUGCGGUGCGGUCCCCGCCGCGGUGCCCGUGCGCCUGCAGAUCCGCGCUGGCAGGGGGGCCUGCUCCACCUGGGCAGUCCCGACUCCGUUCUGGUUUCCUAUAGCCCAGCAGACGACUCUAAGUAGCCCGAGCAGCUGGUUCCAGGGCCCGCCCCGGGACGCGCUCAUUGGUUGGGACGGAUGCCCAGGCCUCGUCAAUCUCCGCCGGAGGGGGAGGGGAGAAGGGGCGGGUCUUCAGCGCGCGCUCCGCCCCGCCCCGCCCCGCCCCGCCCCGCCCUGGCCCCGCGCACCGGAGCGCGCGCCGCCCACGGGAGCGAGGUGUGAGCGCCGGCCGGGAGCGCGCGAGGGGCUGGGCGCUUCCGCCCAGCGGCUGCUCCUACCGUUCGUAACUGAGCGCACCGUCCGGCCGCGUUGUCUGUUCCCGCAGAACAGACGCCAGCGAUGAAGCUGAGUCUGAGGGUGGAGAAGAAUUCCCAGGGCAUCCUGAGCAUUUUGCGCGGCCCAGGGCGGGUAACGACAUGGUCGGGGGCAGGCACCUGGGACCCUGCUGGGGACCCCUGAGCCUGGGUUCCUGACUGCCCCUGGGCUGGCCUUCGGCGCACAGACCUUUUCGUGCCGGGCACUGAUGCCUUUGAAAUCGUGCCUGCGAUGUCCGGUUCCUCUCGUUUGACGGGUGUGAAGCUGCCGACGCAGCACUGGCGCCUGGUUUAAAUGGAGCGCGGUGUCAAAUGCGAAUGAAAAGUCGGAGCCUUGACCAACCUCCUCCCUGACUGGGCCUGAGUUUGGCCUCCAACUAAUCGUCUAUGAAGUGGGCGCAUCACGAAUGCCGACAGUGGGACAUAAUCUUGUUUUCCAACCCCCAGAACUGCCAUUGCUAAGAGAUUUUUGUUUGGCUUCGUGGGAGAAGGGUGUCCAGCAGUAAUUAAUGAUUGCAUUUCUGGGUGGAAAUUUAAUGAAUGUGCUCUGGGUAUUGGAUGCUGAAAGGUGACUUUCAUACAUGUGAAAUUUUACAUCAACAGUUUAAAAAGCUUAUAAGGUUAAGUCUUGAAGAGUUCUUAGACAUCAAUUCUGCUCUCAAGGCUGGGCUCCAGCAGCUUCUUGAGGAGCCUAUUCUCUUUACCGAGGGCGAAUUGGGUGCUUUCUCUCUGUUUCCCUUUGGCAGCUGGUACAAACUCUUAGCGCUCUCAUCCCGUUUCAUUACAAACCUCUGUUGACUUUCCUCCUCUUUACAAAGUGAAUGCCUUGAGGACUGACUUGUGUGCUACACAACCUUGUAUUCUGGGCCUUUUUAACAAUACAGGUGUAGAACGGGUUUCAUCAGCAACAAUGAAAAUGAAAGCAUUCAACAUGUAUUGACCACUGCAAAUUGCUAGGCACUAUGCUUAGAGGUUUAAAUAAAUGACUUAAUCUUCCUGCCUGUGUAGGGGAUUCACUAAUAUAUGCAUUGCAACAAAUGAGAAACUGAGGCCCAAAUACCAGCACCAGCAAUCUAUCCAGGGUCUAUGGGAUUUCAGGACCAGUCUUUUUUAACCUGGCUCUACUGUUUGUUGAAUGAAUAAAAUUGUGUUGCAUAAGGUAAGAAAACUGGUGUUCCGGAGAAGUUAGCUGAUUGGCCCCAGGUU